CAGUAAUCCAACAUGUCUGCGCCCUGAAGGGAGCUGCUGACGGCGUGAAGGUAUAGGACAGUUGACAGUGGAUGGAUUCUUUGUUUACUUCGAGGCAGAUUUAAGGCUUUCCACACAGACCAGGAUGUCAAAGAUCACCAAGGCAGCCAAGGCUGUGAAGAAAUUGGAUGUAAGCGGUGUAAUCCGGGCUAUAGUGAGGUCAGGACAAGCAGCUCCUGGUCCCCCACUGGGGCCCAUCCUGGGGCAGAGAGGAAUCCCCAUUGGACAAUUCUGCAAGGACUUCAAUGAGAAAACGAAGGAGCUGAAGGAGGGCAUCCCGCUCACAGUUAAGAUCAACGUGAAGCCUGACAGAACUUAUGACCUGAAAAUCGGCCAGCCCACAGUGUCUUACUUCCUCAAGCAAGCGGCGGGCAUUGAGAAAGGGGCUGGAAAGACAGGUCACGAGACAGCGGGGAUGGUGUCAGUAAGAACGGUGUAUGAAAUAGCCCAGGUGAAAGCCCAGGACGAUUGCUUCAAAAUGAGAAAUGCCUCCCUCGAGACUGUCGUCAAAAGCAUCAUCGGCUCGGCCAAGUCGCUGGGUAUCAAGAUUGUCAACGACCUCUCAGCUGAUGAGUACAAAGUCUUCAUGGAGCAGAGAGCAGAGAAGUUGAAAGCUGAUGCUGCAGCUGCCGCUGCUGCAGCUGCCGCUGCUGCAACAGGCAAGAAAAGGUGAAGACCUGCAACAUCCAGCACUGAACCCCUCAUUCCUAUUUAUAUUGACUUUAUACGUGUACUACAUUUGUAACAAUACACUGUUAAUGUUGUGUACGUCAGAUCAAAUAAACAAUCCAUUGGAAAAACUGUGAA